CCGGUUGGCACGUUCCGGAACUCCCGCCCGCUGUGCGGUGAGGAGCGCGACGGCGGGGCGCUGGCGGCGGCUUUUUCUCAGCGGCCGAGAAGGCGCCGGCGACUGCGGUGCGGAGCCGCGUCCGGCUUCGCGGCUUGGCCAGCGCGGGCUCAGCGGGCGGCGGACUGCCGUCGGAACCUGGCCUGAGGUUGCUGCCUUUACAAACAUGGCUCCCCUGGGGAAUCAAUGGGCUCUCAGGCAUAAACUGCCUCAGUUCCCUCCGUACCACCACUCAAAGACUUGCCUGCCACCAAAGCUAUCCUGCUUCCUUCCUCGGUCAAAACAUUUUACAUUUUAGAUUGAUUCAGAUUCAAGGUUGGCUCUCAACAACAUCAGCCUUGCUGUCAUCUUGAUGUGCUCCAGUGGAAGAGAACAGGGCGGCAUUACUGAUGUACAGUGAUUGGACUAGAUCCCACAUAUACCCAACGGGUCUGUCUGGAAUUAAAGAUCCUGGAGCAGAUAAGGGACCUGCUUGCCGUUGAGUGGGAUAUCGGACACAGGCCUCCUGGAGCUGGCCUGGAGAGAGUUGGGGUGCCUUUCUGGGGGAGAGCAGCCAACUGAACCCCAGUGGCACCCACAUCCUUGUGACAGCACUGCCAAGGCCCAGACCUGACUUCUGUUGCAUGGAGCCUGCAGGUGAAAAGCCCGGAGAGGCUGAUGGGCCACGCAUCACACCCCAGCUGCUGAAGUCAUGCACAGGCGAGUUUGCCCUAGAGUCUAUCCUGCUGCUGAAGCUGCGAGGCUUGGGGCUGGCGGACCUGGGCUGCCUGGGGGAGUGCUUGGGCCUUGAGUGGCUGGACCUGUCGGGCAAUGCGCUCACUCACCUGGGCCCGCUGGCCUCCUUGCGCCAGCUGGCCGUGCUCAACGUCUCCAACAACCGGCUGACUGGGCUGGAGCCGCUGGCUGCCUGUGAGAACCUGCAAAGUCUCAGUGCUGCAGGCAACCUGCUGGCCUCUCCUGGCCAGCUGCAGUGUCUGGCUGGGCUGCGGUGCCUCGAGUACCUGCGGCUCCGGGACCCUUUGGCCCGGCUCAGCAACCCACUGUGUGCUAGCCCUUCCUACUGGGCGGUGGUCCGAGAGCUGCUUCCCGGCCUGAAAGUCAUCGACGGGGAGCGUGUGUCUGGGCGUGGCAGUGAGCUCUACCAGCUGUGCCGAGACCUGGACAGCUCACUGCGCCCCAGCUCCAGCUCAGGCCCCAGAGCCACUGAGGCCCAGCCCUGGGUGGAGCAAGGGUACUGGGAGUCCCGGACGACCCGGAGCAGCUCCAUCCUGGAGGAGGCCUGCCGGCAGUUCCAGGACACACUGCAGGAGUGCCACGACCUGGACCGCCAGGCCCGUGACAGCUUGGCCCAGGCCGAGCAGGCACUCAGCCCCGCAGGAACUACCUCUUCCUUUGUCUUUUGAGUGUGCCCCAUGGCCCAGGAAAGCCUAGCAGGUGAUCUGGCUGCCCAUAUCUCCCUCCCUGCCUCUGCACUUGUCUUCCCGGUUUCCUCAUGGCAGUCACUGGCCCUGGAAACUGGGCUAUUCAUUUAUCCCUGUCCUGACAGCAGCCCCUCACCCUCGCCCUCCCCUUCCCGCUUCAGGAACAUUUCCCCACCCUCCCUGCACAUACUGCAGGGACGCCCCUCCUGAGUGCCUCUAGCAGGUGGGAAGCUCUCCACGGGCAGCUGGCACAUGCUGUGCAGCGGGGAAAGGGCCUUGUGGAGCCUCCAUCCACAGCUGCUGCUGAUCCUGGCUGCUCCAGCUGAGACUUAAUGGGAAGAGUUCCUUCCUCCUAAGGCCACAAGUGGAAAAGGUAGGGAUAGGCGCGCCUCCAGCCCCACUCCUGUCACACUCCUAGGAGUGUUUGGACAGAGUAGAGCGUUCCAGAACAUUCCUGGAAGUUGGAGCUCACCCGCCUUCCAUAUCUGCCUAUCCAGAUGACUGCCUACUGUGGCUCGGUCCUGUGCCUCCCUGGAGCCUUCUAUGCCUGUUCCCACCCACUAAUCCCUAUUAAACAGCUCUGUUUUCA